UUAUUAUAGUCAUAGCAAGAAAAAUUUAAUUACCUUUCACAUUUUCUUGCUUGAACAUUGUUCUUGCCUCUCUAUUUAAGGCCACUCCUUUUCUCUCAACUCUCUAUUCCUCCAUCUCUUCCAUACCCCUCUCUCUCUCUCUCUGUUCUCAAGACUUGGUUUUUUGGGUUUCUGUGAUCAUGGAUAGCCAAAACUACGUCAGUCAUGGAGGCAUGGAUGGUGUAAAGGACAAAGAGGCAAAGGAAGGAGGAGGGGGGACCAGUUUCUUUCUACUAAGAGUUAUGGCUUUGCUUCUAACUUUAGUUGCUGCAAUAGUUCUUGGGGUUGAUAAGCAGAACAAAGUUAUUCCAAUUAAGAUUGUGGAUUCCUUGCCACCUUUAAAUAUUCCUGUUGUUGCUAAGUGGCAUUAUCUGUCUGCCUUUGUGUUCUUUGUGGUAUCAAAUGCCAUAGCAUGCACAUAUGCAGCACUCUCUCUACUACUUUCAUUUAACAGAAAGAAAAGUUUGGUGCUUGUUACCUUAAUUCUUGACCUAUUGAUGGUGCCUUUGCUAUUUUCCGGCAUCGGAGCAACGGGAGCUAUUGGACUUAUGGGUUACGAAGGGAAUUCACGGUUGAGAUGGGGCAAAGCGUGCAACGUGUUUGGGAAAUUCUGCGAUCAAGUAGCAGUUGCCAUUGUCCUCUCUUUGCUUGGUUCAAUAGCUUUUAUCUUGCUGGUUAUGCUUGCUGCUCUUCGUCUUCAUAACAAAUCUAAAUGAAAUGGGCAUUGUAUUUGGAUUUGACCCUUCAAUAGAGGUCCUUUGUAAUUUCUAUCCAUGUAUCUGAAGCUUUUGUCUUUUUUUUUUUAACCUGAAAUUGCAAGUUUAUCAUCAAAACUGUUAUUGUGGGAGUUUGCAGCUGUAAAUCGUACGCUUUGGUCCAUAGCAUAAGAUCAACUACUUUCAGUGUCCUGUCACUUGCCAGGAUUUAAAUUGCAACUGCAAAUCAGAAGGGCUAUUUUGUCAAUGCACUGUAAUUGAGAUUCCAA